AUGAAUAUGCAAGGGCUUCGUGUAAAUGAAAUGAAUGCUAAGUUGAGAGGAUUAUUUGCCUUCCGUUUUAUAGAGCUUCACUCUAAGAGGAUGUUUGAAGUUGAACUGCUACUAUCUGCUUAUUCAACAACAAGCAUCCAAGAUGCUGCUCAAUUUCUUGAAGUGAGUGAGGAAGAUGCCACAAAUUAUGUACUUUUGCAUGGUUGGACACUCGAUCCUGCUUCCCAAAUACUAACAGUGACAAAGAAGGCUACCGUUAAAUGGCAGAAAUUAGACCCCGACGAAUUGCAGCGCCUGACAGAGUACAUCUUCCACCUUGAACAUUAAAUCAAACUUGCAGUUUCUGAGCUUUUGACUACUUAUUUGAGUUGAAUUCAGUAAGCAAGUUAAUGCCCUCUACGUUUAUCAAAAUUUGGCAACUGCAACUUUCAUUAACCUUUGAUGUCUUACAUGGUUCCAUUUCAUCCUUCCGAUCAGUAGCAGAUGAGCGCUUUGCUGUCUUAGGCUCCAUUCACCAUUGCUGAACAGACAAAACUGCUUUUUGAACCCAAAGCUUUUGAACAUUUGUGGAGA